CCAGCGUGCGUCGCGUGCUCAGCGUGCGUCGCGUGCUCAGCGUGCGUCGCGUGCCCGGCGUGUGUUGCGUGCUCAGCGCUGAGAGGCUGUGAGGGGCUGAGGAAACCUGAGGUGCUGAGUUGCCCCGGGCGGUCAGCCUCAUGUCUGUUUCGUGGGGCGGCCAGGGCGCAGGUCCCUUGAGGCCCUGGGUCCUGAGCUGUCGCCUGCUUCUGCUGGUGUUGUGGCUGCCGCUGAGCUGGGGUCACAAAGAGAACAAAACCAUACCAGUCUGUAGUGAGCCCUGGUGGUCAACGGAGCUGAACGUGACCCGCCGCCACUGGCCCUGGGAGGUGAGCCUCCAGACAGAGCAUGAGCACGUGUGUGGAGGGGCCCUCAUUGCCUCUGUCUGGGUGGUGACUGCUGCCCACUGCAUCCAGAGGGGGCUUUGUGUUUCCUACAGCAACAAAGAGUACUCAGUGGUGCUUGGCACCUCCAGGCUGCAGCCCUCGAACCCCAGCAGGAGCUUCUUGGUCCCCGUGAAGGACAUCAUUAUGCACCCUAAGUACUGGGGCCGAACCUUCGUAGUGGGUGACAUUGCCCUUCUCCGUCUUCCUGCUCCCAUCAUCUUCAGCAAGUACGUGCAGCCCAUCUGCCUCCCGGAACCCACCUUCAGCCUGGAAGUGGGAACGCAGUGCUGGGUGACUGGCUGGGGCCAGGCCAAGCUUCGCUUCUCAGCCAACUCCGUCCUGAGCCCAGAGCUGCAGGAGGCCGAGGUGUUUAUCAUGGACAACAAUCGGUGUGACCGGAUUUACCGCAAGCAGUCCCUCUUACCCCGAGUUGCCCACCUCAUCCAGGGAAACAUGAUUUGUGCUACCAAUUAUGGAGAAAACUUGUGCAAUGGGGACUCUGGUGGACCAUUGGUCUGUGAAGUCCAGGGAAAAUGGAUUCUGGCGGGGGUGUUGUCCUGGGAGAAGGCUUGCGCCAAAGCAGAAAAUCCGGGUGUGUUCGCCCGCAUCACCAAGUAUGCCCAGUGGAUCAAGAAGCAGAUGAACAAUGACGUGCUCUCAGCUCCCAGCUGUGCCUUCUCCUGGCUCCUGUUCCCAUUCUGGCUGCUUCUCCCCACCUUACCCUUCAUGUUUUGCCUCUGCUGAAUGGCCCCCAUGGAGGUUUGACCAGGGUCAUGUGUUCAAUCUCAGCAAGAAUCGGGCUGGGGAAGAAGUGGCCCCAGGAGACCGGGUCAUACUUUGGCAUCCCAGCAAGAACAGGUGUGGUGGAUGACUAGGCCUUGGAUGACCAGAAGAAAGGGAGAAUGAGUCAGGGGGUUCUGGAAUCUGGGACCAGAAUAGCAGAGAUUAAAUUUGUGUGAAUAGGA